AUGCACGACGAUUAUUAUGCUCAAGAUGACCCUGGUCGCUUUCAGUCGAGCCAUGUGUUACAAAAUAAGACACCGGCGGGCAGUGUACACCCGCCUGAUGACGGAGAGUGGAGCGGAGAUGCCACAGAUCAAUACUCCAGAUGGGACCCGCGCGGAUGGUCCUUGAAGAAGAAGAUUUUCCUAGCCGCUUGCAUUAUUGUGGUAAUUGUGGCCGUUGUCGUUGGUGCCGUUCUAGGAGUGCGAGCCAAUCGGUACCCCGAUUACUCGAAACUGAACUACAGCUUGAAAGAUAACUUCUCGGGGCCAUCCUUUUUCGACAACUUCGAAUAUUUUACUGAUGCCGAUCCAACUCAUGGAUUUGUCCAGUACAUCGACCGAGCUGCAUCCACAUGGCUUAAUUUAACAUCCGCGACGGAGACCUCCGCGGUGCUCAAGGUUGACACGACAUACAGUGGAUCGGAGGCUGCUAAUGGGCGCAAAUCUGUGCGAGUCACUUCCAACAAUACAUAUGCCGAUGGACUUUUCAUUUUCGACGUUAUUCACACCCCGUACGGGUGUGGUACGUGGCCGGCUCUGUGGCUCACGGACAACGGCAACUGGCCUGAGAACGGAGAAAUUGAUGUCGUGGAAGCAGCCAACGCUGGAACCUUUGGGUCUCAAUCCACGCUUCACACAGCGAAAGGCUGCUCCAUGGGCGUUAAACGGAAACAAAGUGGCACUGUGGACAACAAGGACUGUUACUACGAGGCGAAUGACUACGCGGGCUGUGGUGUGAAAGGUACUGAGAGUUCUUAUGGUCCCGAGUUUAAUAGCAAAGGUGGCGGUGUUUACGCGAUGGAACUCCGUGACGCCGGUAUUCGUGUGUGGCAAUGGGUCCGCUCCAAUAUUCCCUCCGAUAUCACCUCGGGAAGUCCCGACCCGUCCACCUGGGGCAAAGCAUUCGCAGACUUCCCCAGCACGGAUUGCGACAUGGGUUCUCAUUUCAAGAACCAGACUAUCAUCAUCAAUAUCUCGUUGUGUGGUGACUGGGCGGGUGCGAGCAAGUACUACACGAAACAAAGUAGCUGUCCUGGCAACUGCACCGAAUUCGUCCGGGACAAUGCGACUAGUUUCGACACUGCAUACUGGGAGUUCGGCGGCUUUAAGGUCUAUCAGGCCUCGUGA